GUUAAAUCCCUCCAUCCACUGUGGAUUUCGCAAGCGCUCCCAACAUAUUCAGACAGAAGUGAGAAGUAAACCAAACAGAAAUUUAGCAACUUUUUUCUCCAAAUGGAUUCUUGUUAUCUGAAGAGGAAAAGACCUCCACAGCUUCAGAUCCCUAAUGUGCUCGGAGAUAUUAGGGCAGAAGCUGAUCCGACUUCCAAAGCCAGUGCUACCAUCACCCAAAACGACGCCGUGAGGUCCAGUGCUAAGGGGGUUGGCGUUUUCUCUGUCAAAGGCCGCAAGAAGUUAAUGGAGGAUUCUCACAAGAUUGUUUCUUUCCCACGUGCCAAAAAGGGAUUUUUUGGGGUGUAUGAUGGGCAUGGUGGGAGCAAAGCUGCUGAAUUUGUUACAGAGAAUUUGCAUUCCAAUAUUCUGGAAAUUUUGAAGACUCGUCAUGGUAGUAGUGCCGCCAAAGAAGAAGCCAUUAAAGAUGGGUAUUUGAAAACUGACAGACAGUUCUUGGAAAUGGGAAUAUGUAGUGGUGUCUGUUGUGUGACUGCAUUGAUUGAAGGAGAUGAGAUUAUAGUUUCCAACUUAGGGGACUGUAGAGCAGUUCUAAGUAGGGGUGGAUCAGCCGAAGUCCUUACAAAAGAUCAUAGAGCUGGACAAGAGGAUGAGAAGAAACGAAUAGAGGAUAAAGGAGGCUAUGUGGAGAUUUAUGGAGGAGCGUGGAGAGUUCACGGUGUUCUUUCUGUUUCAAGAAGCAUCGGAGAUUCUCACUUAAAGGACUGGGUAGUGGCUGAGCCUGAAACAAAGAGAAUGCCAAUUACUUCAGACAUGCAAUAUCUUGUUUUAGCCUCAGAUGGACUUUGGGACAAGGUUAGCAGAAAUAGAUAAAUGCUGCACCCUUUACAAGGCAGGCUUGAUUAUUUAAACCUUAAUGGACGCGAUUUUCACUAUAAGUCAUCCGGAAAGAGUCUCUAUGUUUAUUAGUACAGGGGUAAGACCGCGUAAAUCUGACCUCUCUUACCCUACCGUAGGUGGGAGCCUUUGCGGCAUUGGGGUAAUGGUAAUGAUGAUUGAUGUUGGAUGGUGGCAUCUAAACUUAAUGCUAUGUUUAUUAGGUAGGGAACCAGGAAGCCAUAGAUGUGGUGAUGCAAUCAUGCCAGAAGGAAACUACACAUUCGCAACAACAUAAUGACGACCUAAAAGAAAAUGAAUUUGAGUUCAAUUGCAAAAGUACAAGCCCCUCACCAAAGUUGAAGAGAGUUUCUAUAGUGAAAUCAAACAAAGGAAGGGAAUGUGAAUUUGGAAAUGAAAAUGAAAGUCCAGCAGCAGUAAAGUCUCUAAGAAUUUCGUUGGUUAAAUCGAGUAUCUGGAAAGAAACAGCAGGCAGCGGUUUUAUCCAAGAGAAUGGUGGGAGUCCAGUGAAGGCUCAGCGUACUUCAGUGGCGCAUUCAAGUAUAAGGGUAAGUAGUAGGUCUCCUUGUUCCAGGAGAAGUGAUGAUAGUUUGAAAGAAAAUGAAGAAAACAGCUUUUCUCUUGUAGCUGCUUGUCAAAGACUUGCAAACCUUGCAGUGACAAGGGGUAGUUGGGACGAUGUCACUGUGAUGAUAAUUGAUCUUGGUCACUUCAAAUAUUAACCUUAACCAUGGACUUCUUUGAUGAUAAUUUUCUUGUGACUUGUAGUUCAGAUGUUUCCAUUGAAGCAACUCUAACUAAUUUUGAAAAGGGGUAAUUUGACUUUGCGCCGCGUUUUUAAAAAUCUUUGUUUUUGCACCCAACCUCGUAUGAAAAGACAAAAAUGCCCUUCGAUCAGGAAUAUGUUAAGGCCAACAGAAUUGUUAAUGUAGGGGCAUUUUUGUCUUUUCAUACGGGGUUGGGGUGCAAAAAUAAAGAUUUUCAAAAACGGGAUGUAAAGUCCAAUUUGAAAAAUAAAAUGGGUUGCACACUCAAAUUACCUCUUUUGAAAAACACACACACAUAUAUAUAUUAAUAUACACAAAAUAUUAGGUUAUGUAUACACAAAAAAAUAUACAGAAAAUAUUAGAACAUCGAUACAUAUAAAGUACAAGAGAGUCAUGACUCCAGGUUUACACAAUAGCGCAUAACUCUUGUAAGGAUGUUGAUGGAGUAUAUGAGUCUAGACCCCAGGACCCACAUAUUCAGAAGAACAAGAGGCACCGCUGUCACUCAGUAGGACCUCCGUCGGCCAGAUGACCCUCUAUCGGCCAGAAAGACAUCAAUUCAGAACAUGAUCCAGAAGUCGGGAGAACCAGGUGUCUCCGUCGAUCGGGUCUCCAUCGUCCAUGGCUCUGUCGGCCAGACCUCCGUCGGCUAUAGAGAGCUCACAGAGCCGGAUUUCAUACUUAAUCAUUUCUACAUACUUUGUACUCGGCCCAAUAGUGGUCCCAUUGUAAAUGGACCUCCCAAGCCCAAGACUUGGGAGCACAGCCUACAUUUCCUCUAUAAAUACUCCCCUUGGGAGUAGUUGUAGGGGUUAACAAAUUCAUUUAUUGCAGAACUUAUUG